AUGUCCGCGAUCGCGACCGUGCUGUUCUCCGUGUACUGCCAGGACGCGUCCUGCGUGCGGCGCAGGAAGUCCGUCAGCGACAGGCGCGGGUCCACGUCGGACCGCAUCGGCACAAAGUUCGCGCAGGAUGGAGACGGUCACGCCGUGCGCGCGGCUGUACUGGUCCAGCUGGGCGUGUUCACCUCACGCCGCGCCGUGGCCACGGGGAUCACGGCGUCCGGUGGCAGCAUUGGCGCGGUGAUCUACCCGAUCAUGUUCCACAAACUAAUCGGCCCGGUGGGGUUCGGGUGGACGACGCGCAUCAUCGGGUUCGUCGCGCUAGCCGGGCUGGCCAUCUCGUUGGCGGUGCUCAAGCGGCGCCUGCCGCCGCCGGCGCAGAGCCGAAGCCUGGUCGACGUCACGGCGCUCAAGGAGCCGCCGUUCCUCGUGUUUGCCUUUGGCCUGUUCUUCAGCUUUGUGGGGCUCUACUUCCCCUUCUUCUACCUGCAGAGCUUCUUCACCUACUACCUGCACAAUGACAGCAGCCUGGCCUUCUAUAUCUUCGCCGUGCUCAACGCCGCCUCCGUGCUGGGCCGCAUCACCCCAGGUCUCCUGGCGGACCGCAUCGGGGGGCUGAACACCCUGGUGCCCAUCAGUCUGCUGGCCAGCAUCCUGGCCUUUGUGUGGAUCGCCAUCCAGAACGAGGGUGGCACCAUCGUCUUCACCUUACUGUACGGCUACGCCUCUGGGGCGAUCGUCUCCCUGCCGCCCUCGAUCCUGACGCGCAUGUCGCCGACCCUGGGCGUGGUGGGCACGCGCCUGGGCAUGAUCUUCAUGUUCGCUGGCUGCGGGUUUCUGAUCGGCACGCCGAUCGCCUCGCUGCUGCUGAACCUGGAGGAAGGAUCCUUCUGGAAGGCUCAGCUUUUCAAUGCUAUGUUCGUCGCCGCCGGAACCAUCUGCUUCGCCAUCGUGCGGCUGAUGCUGUGGCGGCAGGGCGGAGGCUGGAAGAUUUGAAGGGGGUGUAGGUGGAUUGCAUAAGCCAACCUCAUAGAUUCAAUUCUCUACGGUGGCUUUGCAUCUGAGACAACUGUUGUGGUUGGUUGUGGGUGAUCAGCCUAUUGCAUCUAUAGACUAAGUAGAGACGAAACUCCAUGCAAGCUGGAGGGAGCCGGGAGGAGCCGCCAGUGCUUCUGACACACGAGAGCGACAAGGCAGCUGCCUGCAGUCAAACUGGUUUAGAAAAAAGAGCUAAGUAUGAUAUCACUUGAUCAUGCUUUGUGAUUGAAGACAUUAUUCAAAGUACGAGGAAAGUACAGUGAACUUUUGGC